CCCCGUUGAAAGGAGAGCUACGGGAGUUUUGCGCAGUUCCAUGAUGCGCUACCUCUAUCGGAGUCAGCCGUACCAGCGGCUUACAUCGCCUGUCGCUCCAACUGUUGUUCGAGUCACCCGAUGGCUCAUUUCAGCCCUGCGGACAAUUCGGCUGUUCCUCUGGGACUACCGAUACUUCGUCCUGCUGGGCGCGCUGCUGCUGCUCAUUCUGUGGACCGUCAGCGCUCUGCUGUCUUUGUGCCUGGGCAGGUGGCUGUCGCGUGUGACGCUGCUGUCUGGGCUUUAUGUCCUGUUCCGCUACAUUAUGAGAGUGGUCAUAUUUCCGGGCUCGUCGUUCCUGGUAGGCACACACAUGUGUGUGUGAUGGAUGCUGUGUGGUGGGACUGAAUGAGCAUCUAUCUGUCUGAGUGUGCUGGUGCAGUGGAAGCGCGGGACUGAGGCGCAGUUCCGUGUUGAGAUUGCCAAGCUCUACUGCACGCACAUCGGGCACUUCAGAGGCCUCCUCACCGACCUCAUCGCCCGCUCUGAAGGCGGUCCGCUGACCGCCAGCAGUGCUGACUUCGACAUAGUGACGGCCCUCUCAGGGAUGGACCUGCUCAACAACCUUCUCCGCUUCCUGUCAUUCUCCGACGCGAGCGGCAGCAUCGACCCGCUGCCCAAGCAGCACAAGGCCUUCCACGAGAGGGUGCAGCUGCUGACAGACAACCUCGACCGCAUCAAUGUCACAGACGCGUCGGCGUCGGCCGAUAGUGGCUAUCGGCCGCUCUCCCACUCGCUGCACGAGUAUCGGGAGGGCCUCCCUCUGUUCCCUGGCAUGAUGCGUACCGACCUCUCGCGCCUUAACCCGCCGGCAUUCACAGUCAGCGACCCGGCUCAGCUGCCGUUCGCCCGUGACACGCUCGCCGUGUUGGAUGAGAUCAUCGACACGUUGACACCGCUGAAGGAGCGGUUUCUCGACACGAUUAGCGUGGAGGGUUCGUCAUCUGCUGCUGCAGCUGGGGACUCGCAGGCACAGAGGGAGAGAUGGCUGGAGGGCGUCAAGAAGACGUUGCUGCGGUGUCAUGUGGCUGCGAGUCGGUUCCUGACUGAGCCCCCUGUCGGUUCACUGCGGCAGAUGAGAGCCGACCUCGUGCACAGAUAUGAAGGUGCGCUGGUCUGUCUGGUUGAGUUGACUGAAGAAGACAGACGAUCUGACGUCACUCAACCCUCGCUCUCCUUACUUACCUUACCUGUGUUGUGUGCCAGGGGAGCAGAUAUUCUUCACCGCGUCUGACGGCACCCGUCUGGACGGCGUGUACCUGCCACAGCCGUCCGAGGCCGAGGCGCGCAGGCGGCUCCGCAGCGGAAUGCUGUCCCGGAAUGAGGUCGAGUGGGGCCCCACGGUCGUCUUCGCCAACCCCAACGCAGGCUACUACGAAGUGUCGCUCUUCCAGGACGAGUGGGUGCGGUUCUACCACCAGCAGUACGCCACACACACACGCACCGGAGAAAGCCAGCAAUCAGAGCACUUUCUGUCUCUGUCUCUUCUCUCUGUGUAGCGGCUUGUCGGUCGUUCUCUUCAACUACCGCGGCUUCGGUCGGUCGCAGGGCGCCCCCUCCCCCGCCACGUGUGCCGUUGAUUGCGAGGCGGUGGUGGCGCACGUGGUGCAGAACGGGGUCAAGCACAUUGGGGUCCACGGCCGGUCCAUCGGCGGCAUCUGCGCCUGCCACAUGGCGGCCAAGUCGACCACAGGGCAGUUGCCGCAGGUCAAGUUUGUGUGCGUCGACAGGAGCUUCUCGUCACUCGCGUCGACUGCGCACUUUGCAGUGAGGGAGGGAGGACGGCAGCCAGAUGGAACGACGGGAGUGCGUGUGUGUGUGGACGGGUGUUUGGUUUGGUUUGGUUUGUGUCAGUUUGGUCCAUGGGCGAGAUGUGCACUGCGCGUGGGGUUCACCGGAGCUGCCAACGUCAAAAACUAUCUCACCGGCAGGUGAGGUGGCCUCACCCCCACCCCCACCCCCCUGACUCGCUCACCAACACAACACCCUCUCCUCGUUUCUCUCUUUCAGGUGCACCAAAGUCAUUAUCUCCGACUGCAACGACCAGAUCAUCCCCGAGCUGGCAGCGAUUAAGACGGGCGUCUCCAUCGCUCUCUGUCAGCUCAAUGAACACGAGGAGGGGCCCCACCGCCAGGAGCACGACCAGGGGGAGGGCGAGGGCGCCUCUGGAGCGGUCCGACGGAUCUGCUCGUCCGACAUGUGUCGGGGCAUGGCGUGCCCUCGGAGGGAUGAGGGGGUGGAUCUGAACGAGUGCGAGGCCAUCGCCAUUGCCGAGAGCGAACGACUCAAGGUGAGAUGGACGUGGUGGCGAGAAUGCAGGGGAGAAGGGAAUGAAACGUCAACAUGUGUGUGUGUUUGUGGGUCGGCGGAUGGGGGAAUGGGUGGAUUGUGCAGCUGCCGUGGUCCACUCUGAUGGAUGUGGUGGAGUCCUGGGAAUUCCUCAGCGAGCUGCUCGCCAUAUGCGACGCCGAAGACUCCCACCCAGCCACACCCGUACGCACACCAGACACUCCACCCACGAGACGACACACGCUCAGCUCACACCUCUCCUUCUCCCCUCCCUCCCUCCCUCCCUCUCUGUCUGUCUGUCUGUGUCAUCAGAGUGGCUGGUCCGCCCGCACAACCAUCUUCAAGAAGAAGAUCACGAGCGAAAUCGCCACAAGACGGCUGACAGAGACAACGGCGACAGCAGCCACAGGCAGUGCCGCCAGAGACAUCUCCCCCGCCAACCACCGCCACAAGCCGCACUCCUCCCCUGGGAGCGGCAGCGAAGGGCACUCCUACGCCCUACUGAGCAGCUCUGAUGGCGAUGACUCAUCCACAAGUGAAGGCGCACCCAGCAAGAGCGAAAGCUCUGACGUGGAAAUGGGUGCUGGUGGCGAGAGGGGGGCGGGAGUGGGCGAUGAGGACGGCAGCGCGGCUGUCGACUGGGAUGCCGUGAUUAGGGACACCAUCGGGCCUUUCGCUGAUUCGAUCCACCAGACGAUGGACGUGCUAGGCAAGGGGCUCAAUGCGGGCGGCCAGCUGUUUGACGAGGCCAUCACGUCGGCCAGAAAACCCAAAGACAAGUACAACACACGAAAGAGAGAGAGAGAGAGAGAGAGACGUUUCCAUCUGAGUGUCCUGUUGUCUCUGGUCGAUGUAUGUGUAUCAGGGUGUUUGCCCUCCGGUGCUUUCUGGCCAACCUGCAAGUGUGGGGGAGCGUCAUGAGCCGGUCGGGAGACAUAAUCCCCGACCACGCCUGCCCCUUCGACGCAGAUGCCAUGGAGAUCGACGACAUCACGGCGGUCGGACCGAGGCCGCCCCCGCCCACCAAUGCCAACCCCAGCAACCCCCACCCCCCUUCCACCGUCGAUGGGCUGCGCCACCAUUCUCUCAUCGACAGCGAGGCGGUUGAUGGCGUCACUAGCAAUAGGGCACAUCGGGUGGCUCAGCUCAUGCGGUCAGAAAAGAGGCCGAGAGACUAGGGUCGUGGCACGUUCCAUGUGUGUUGUUCUUGUGUUUUGUGUGUUUGCAGCCGUCGGUCGCGGUGUCUGACGUACUUAAUCCGUCGUGAGUUCAAGCAGCGAUCCAAGAGGCUGAGGGAGCAGAUGAUGUCCCCACCGGCCGGAGGCAGCACCGUCCACCCCCUGCUGCAGAAGGUGCGACCGAACGCCACGCACACACGGAACAACGCCGUCAUUCUCGCAUUCAUUCUCGCUGCCUUUCUCAGGUCUUGUCCGACCUGACAGUGUUAGACGACUUCAUCUCCGCCCUGUGCCGCUUCUUCAAGCUGGUCGACCUGCCCAAGGCCACCCAACCGCCGGCAUCGUCAUCGGUCGACACGCCCUCUCCCUGCUACUCGCCCCCCUUCCCACACACAUACGGGCGAGCCUCACAACCACCACCACCACCACCACGGGCGGCGAGGCCGUCCCAGGGAUGCAGAUGCCUGAUGGAGGCCCAGGGCAUCGACCAGGACAUCAGCAGAACAACCAGCACCACCACCAGCAGCAGCAGAGCCGCCGGCACGUGUGGGAUGGCCAGUGCGGGCAUGGCAGGCGAGCUGACGGAGGCGGAAAUGACGCCGCAGAUCGACCCCAGGUGGGUGCGGCUGGCAAGAGGCAACAAGUGGAGGGACAGGGAUCUUAAGGGUGGCUGUUCCUGUGUGUGUGUGUGUGUGAGUGUCAGGGUGACGGGCUAUCUGCUGCCGGUGACGUGUGGGCACAAUGGUGUGCUUAACCGAGGGGAACUAGACAGUUUGGGCUUCUAUCUGCAGCAGUCGUCUCUUGCCCACGCAGCGCACAGCCGCCAGGCUGACCUCGAGGGCGUGCUGCAGGGGCCGAGGAGGCUCCUGAUGCAGCACAGGUAGAGACACGUGGAUGGAUGGAUGGAUGGAUGGAAAGCAGCUUUGUAGUUGUCAAUCAGAUGGUAGAUUUAUGUGUGUGUUUGACUAAGACGGGCGGCUGGCUGGCUGAGUGAUCAAGUGAUUCUCGU